AUGGCGGACUGGCAGACAAAGAUUCCCGCUCCACCUCAGCUACUGGCACCACUUACGGUCCCCACAAAAUAUCUCUUUGGCCCCGGCCCGUCAAAUCCUAACAUGAGGAUAUACAAAGCUGCAGCAAUGUCCCUUUUGGGUCAUAUGCACGCAGAUUUCUGCAAAGUAAUGGACGAAGCAAAGGCUGGUCUACAAUACGUGUUUCAGACAAAAAACCAGUAUACACUUGCUAUCACUGGAACAGGACACGCGGCAAUGGAAGCUUCGAUCAUGAACAUCGUAGAACGGGGGGAACCUAUUCUAGUGUGCGAUAAUGGAUUGUGGGGAAAGAGAGCACGUGAAAUUGCGGAAAGGCAAGGUGAGAGAUAUUUAAAAGAACGCUAUGGCUAUAUACCCGGCAGUCAGAAAGUUUUCUGGAAUGUCUGCAAAAUCCCUUUUUCUAAUCGUUUGAAAGUAUUCUAUCUUCAUUUAGAAUAACCAAGCGAACAGGAAAACAAAACUGGCUUCCCAGCUGAGAGGUUGCGGUUUCAGUAAGAGUGGACGCUGUUUCGACACCCAGAAAAAUUUCGCGAGUAGCAGCGCGUGACUCACGGGCCCGAUUUCACACGGGCUAGAUACCCGACAGUCUGAAAGCGGAGCUGGAAAGUUAGAAGACCGUCUCUUCAGCUCCAUAACACAUGAAUACUAGCCCCUUAGUUUCUCAAAACAAUCGGAAAGAGAGUACUUUGAUUUUGAAACUUUAUUUUGCAACCUCGAGCCGGUCCUAAUUUUUCGACACAGCUUGAUAUACUGGUGUUGCUGCUGAAUCUUGGGAAAGCGUUUCUCUGAUUUUGCAAAAUUUAUGCGAAUUCUCCUCAAAAUAUUCUAUCAUGGUUUAGAAUUGGCGAGUGACGAGAAACAACAGCGUUUUCUAACAAGGGCAGAGGUUAGGUAUCACUCGGUUUUGAGUGCAUAACCCAUGUUGUGGUUGACUCGCGGGCACGGUUUCUCCUAAGUCAAUAUGCUCCCAUUUGUCUUGGGAAUUUCAACAUUAGGUGUCUCUUUAGCUCCCAUUGAAAGUAUUUCAUCGACUUUCAGACUAGCCAAGCGGAUACCAAUACGUUUAAACAUAUUAUAAAGCAUUCUGCCGGAUAUAUUCUUGGUUUUCACGUAACGUCACGGGCAUUUCCAAAUUUGGUUGUCGGCCAUGUUGGUGUCCCUUCCGACCGUGAAAUUUGUGAUAAUAGUAUGUCGGAUCUCGCAACUCUUUCGUUCUCUUCGAAAUUUUGCGGUCGUAAAUGGAAUUAUCGGACGGAAAAAGCGAUCAGGACUCAGAUAGGACCAAUGCGAGUAUCCUUGAUCUUUCCGAGUUCGCCAAAAGCCUCGAGAGCCAAGUAAAGACACGAUAUAUUCAGAAAAUGUUCCUACUUGGAGUUGACCCGGUCAGCAUUCCAACCGAGCAGUUCGACCCAGAAUGUUUGCCACGGAUUGAAGCCACUGAUUUGCUAGGAUAUCUGGUUUUAGAGACUAGCUAGUAUACGAAACGGCAGUUCAAGGCCUACAAGAGUUUGGAAGCCUUCAAUCAGAUGGUUUGGGGAUUCGUGACCUCUGUAAGAGGAAAUAUUAAGUGUACCUGGUAAUGUAACUAACCAAAAUGCCUUGCUUUGCGACAAUAUUUGUCUCUGCAAGUCCAAAGCAACCUCAACAGAUAAACUACUAGAGUGCCACAGCACAGACUGUAAGAAUAGUAAAUUUUUUCAUUUAAGUUGUCUUAUAAAAAAAGGAUACCAAACAAUUGUAAGACUAGCUGACAGUACUGUGUGUAAACAGCCAAACAGGUCAGUGCCACCAUGUACUUCUUCAACUCAGUGGAACAGUUUCAUCAUUACCUGUGCCAUUGUCUGUACCAUCAACAUCCAACAUCCAAACUGAUUCUGUUAGUGGAAGUGAUGAUGAUGUUGAGAUCAGGUGAAAUUGACAAACAGACUGCUUUGGCAAAUCUUACACAGAUUCAGGCUACCAACCCAGAAUUGUCAAAGUGCCCAACAUGGGACACAGUUAUGACUGGAGGUUGAUCUGUUUCAGAAUCAAUAAUUAUAAAACUGUAUUUCCUUGAAAAAUAGCUGGGGCAAUAAUGUUUAUGUGCUUCCAAAGGGGUAUAGGUAAUAAUUAUUUUUUGCGGCAGAUUUUACAGUGUACCAAGGGAAAUUAUUUUGAAAAAUAAAAAAGGGGGUACAUCAUUCCACAGCAGGUUAUUGAAAGGACAGCUAUUCUUUGAUGAAAUAUGUUUUUAGAAAAUAUUAUGCUAAGGGUUUGGUCUUAAAGGAGAACUCCCGGGUAACAUAGACCUUUUUCUAAAUGAAUGGCCUACAUUAGUUACCACUAAUUUAAGUGACUGUUUGUUAUAACGAAGAUAUUUCACCUGAAAGAGGAAUUAAAAAUGCAAAUAGCAUUCCAACAUCUUGAAAAAUGUUUGCCUGCUCAGAAAUGGGUCAGCGUUUUCAUUUUUGAACUAAUGGUGAUCAGAUCAGCAUCUAAUUGCUCAUUGUUGAUAAAUGUACAUAAUAUUGUACCCACAAGUCAUGAGAAAAACAUGUCACUAGAAUCCCGGUUUCUCAGUCCCUUGAUUUCUUAAGCCCAUAAUUUUACUCCUGAUAUCUGGAAAUCCUGAUUGCUUGAACCAGUUAUUAUUUCCCUUGUGGGUUAAAAAAAUCAGGAUUCCCCUGUAGAUACAUACAUACAUAAAGUUUGUGGCUCGAUAUCUCCGUAGAAGAGUGCUCAGUACAUAAAGUAGAGCGUGAAAAAUAUUGUUAGCGGAAAAAUAACAUUUCUAUCCCUACAAGCCUGUUUCGUGAUCGCUCACAACAUACAUACAUACAUACAUACAAUUGUAAACAAUGUGCCCUCCCGGUUGUCACCAUAAUGCCUUUAUGGCAACUCCUGAACUUGUAGUGGAAUGUUUUCUGCCCAGUGGCAGACCUAAAUAAAGGGAUAUUUAGCAUCUGUGAAUUUCUGGUCUGCCGGUUACUUACAGUACUACGUAGAAUUAAUUGAUCGCUAAGGUACCCAGGGGCUAGUCCCGACAUACAUUUAAAGCUAACACAGCAUCUCUAAAGUAUAAUAUUGGUCUUUUACGGGUAACCAAUUUAAUGAUUUAAGGAUAGGUGUUACAUGAUCAUACUUACGCUUUUUUAGCAACGAUACGUGCUGCAAAAUGUUGUACUAACUGUAAUUUAACUACAUUCUUCAUGGUAGUAUUAGACCAAACAGAAGAACAAUAAAAUAACCUGCUGAAAACUACUGCAUUAAUUACGGGUUUGAGUGUUUUUGCUCAAAUACCUGUUUCACUGUCAUCUCAAAAGACAAUUUUUUAAAACUUUUCUUGUUGUUUGAAACACUAACAAAUUAUGUAAUUAAAAGAAGUAAGAAAAUUGAUGACAUGAGAGUCUACAUCUUCAAAAAUUGUCAUUUUGAAUCAAUUAAAAUGUUUUAGAUAUUUGUUAAGGACACAUUCUUACUGACCUUCACCUACAUUAAGUUACUGUUCACAGAAGCACAUAAUUAUGUUAAACUUAAAACUGGCAAUACAGUGAACUCUCUAGUAAGCAGGACACCCUUGAGACCAGCUCUAGGUGUCUGCCUUAAUUUAACUGUAACUAAACUCUCUUUAAAAGAGAGUUUAGUUACAGAUGAACAGCUCUAAUUUGCCUGAGUUAGGACCAGUGAAAGCUGUCCGCUGCACAGAAGUGUCUGGUAUACCGGGGUGUCCAUUUAAAAGAAGAUAACUGUACAACUGAAACUAGUCAAAUGGUAUUAUAGGUGGGCAUAAGUUAAUAAGUGCGGAGCAAACCCUCACAAUACGAUCAAUCAUAGGAAUCUGUGAUGCAGGUGGUCCAUUUGGGUUGCAAGCAAGGAAAUCUGUUGGAAGUGUGCUUUCCAAAAUGGUAUACUUGCGCCGCAACAACCCUAUCACCCUCUCCACGUGGAUACGAACACUUGCGAUGCCUCUGGUUUUUUCCACAUCAACUGGAUCCAACUGGGAUUUCCCCUUUGUGAAGGCUGGAAUAACCAGCUUGGCUUGCUUUAAGCCAACACUUUCUGCAAUCGUGAACCCUCUAUCAGCCAUUACCAUGUCUCCUGGUAGCAAUUGGUCGAGAAAUCCAGAAUGCUCUGUCAGAUACUUAUCAGAGGUGCGGCCUCCCCAGGCUUCACUAACAAAAGACACAGUUCCUUGGGGUGUAAUACCAAUGAGAAUCUUGAUCGUAUUGUGGUGUUUGUACGAUGAAAAUGUUUGUGCUCUGGCUAACAGAUUUGACGGCCUUUCGAUAAACACCUCAAAACAGUCAAUGAUUACAGUUACUUUCCUUCCAAAUGCAUGUUGAAAACACAUUGGCAUUGUUUUCCAUAACUGCUCCCUAUCUGGCCAGGAAACAAGAGGAAACAACCUGGUGUCCAUAACAACCAGCCAGGAGGAAAAAAUCCUUGACACAGUGGGCACAGAUACCAUGAAACGGUAAGCCAGAUCUUGAAAGGGUACAUUCAAUCGCAGUUUCAUCAGGACCAUGACAAAUUCCUGAAAUCUGCUGAGAGAGUGAGUUUUGCGAGUGACAUGUGGAGACACGUGUUCAAAAGCAACCAUUAGAAUCUCAAAUGAUGGCAGUCCCGUAUAAAAACGGACCUUGUCGUCAGAUUGAAAGAAAUCUUGGUCGGGUGCUUGAUAUCCGCUGGGCCUGGAGAAUAUAUAUUCAAACUCUUCAGUCUGAGUUUCAGCGUCGACUGGUGGGAAUGUGGCAGAUUCUUCUGUCUGUGUUUCAGCGUCGUGAAAUACAACCGCCAUUGUUUCUUCAUCGCUCGCACAAGCGGCUGAAGAAAUAUCAGGCUGUUGAGUAUCAGGCUCUUCAGGCUGUAUUUCACCGCUAUGGUCUUCGACUAUUUCGGAUGAAGUACUCGUUGACGCUUCCCUAAAGUCCAUGUUAGCAACCUGUUCGCCUCUUUGGUCCAAGAGCUUUCUUUUCCUUGCAGCUUCAUUCUCUUGUCGUUCAAUGACUCUUUUCCUUCGAGCCUUUGCUCUCUCGGCUCUUUUUGUCGCAGCCUCGACGUCUUUCUGUUUGUGUAUUCGUUUACCUAAGUUUAAGGUCGGUAUCCAAUCGACGUUAAAUUUGUCCCAGUUCGGUGACGGCCUUCCUGACACAAAGUGGCGUUCACAAACCCGCUCGUUUUCCAGGACGUUCUUCGUAUCAGUAUCGUCUCGACUUAUCGCCGAAAUCCAACUAUUUCUCCUCUCAGUGGUGAGAUCUUCGAACUCUUCGCCUUGAUGUUUAACAACUGAUGGUAUACGAAAAAAUCCUUGGGUGUUUCCCUUUCCACUUUUCCUUCCACAUCCAACGACAACGCACAGAACCAUCUGGGUUUGUUUACACUUGAGGGACACCAACAUGGCGGAUAGCAACCGUUGCCAAGCGGUGGGUCAUGUGGGUGAAAACCAAGAAUUAGCUUUGAUGGAAACGUGACCGUGAGUCACGCACUGCUUCCGCGGCUCACGAAAUUUUUUUAGGUGUCGAAACGGCGUCGACUCCACUCUAUAAUCAAGAAACCACAAUCCCUCACCUGCGAAGCCAUUCUUGUUUUCCUGAUCGCUUGGUAAUUCUAAAUGAAAUUAGAAUACUUUCAAACGAUUAGAAAAAGGGACUUUGCUGAAAUUCUGGGGUAAGACUAAUGUGCUAAUGUCAGGAACUGUGGACCGCGGAACCGCGGAACCGGCGGAACCUACGGAACCUAAAGAAAUGACUGUUUUUACUGACAACUACCUUUGGCUAACGUGAUAAAAUACCGUAAUUAGUUACAAUUAUAUUCUUUACAUAACUAAGCAAUUUCUCGCCCGCUUAUUGGUCGAGAGCUAUUGUCGAUAACAGUACAGACCAUGGAAAUGAAGUGAAGGUGGCGCAGCUCGUUUUUUUUCUUUCCCACAAGCGAUUUUCCGCGAAUAGUCUACGGACAUGGACGACAAAAACUGUCAAUGUUAUUGUCAAAAACAAAUCGACAGCAAUUUUCCUUGGUCUGUACUCUUAUCGACCAUAGAAAUAACGUCAAAAUGUUCAAACUUUACAAUGAAACCACUCUCCUGCGGCUCGUGGUUCCACUUGAGUUUUGAACAUUUUGACAUCAUUUCUAUGGUCGAUAAGAGUACAGACCAUGGAAAACUGUUGUCCAUUGCUUUUUAAUUUUUGUUGUGCAGGGCUAUGUUCCAUUAAAGUUCAACCACGCAUUAAAAUUCAAAGGUGUCUAAAUGUUUGCAGUAUGUGCACCCCGAAUGGCGGUCAAGUCGUGUCGAUUUGUUGCACAAAAACGAUCUAUAUGUUUUACAAAACUGCCGCUUCCGUGCAACUCGGUACACGCUAAUUUAUCUAUCAAAACAAAGGCCAAGAAUUUCUCUUCCACUGCUAUAUAAUUUCUCGUUGUACCGAGUUGCAUGAGACUUGCACUAAACUUAAAAAGAAAAAAAACACCCACCUUUUUAGCAAGUGUUGCUAAAACGAAGACCCCCUGGACUAAAACGAAGACCCCUUGGACUAAAACGUGGCAAGACAGUUCCAGGAUGCAUUAUCUUCUAGACAACACAUAUGACUAAAAAUUUCGACCCAUAUAACUUUCCGUCUCUGACAAUAACAACAAAACCACAUCACUGCCACUGACAAAAUACGUUGCCAUUUCUUCUUUCAUCUUGACAACAUUUCGCGCGGAUUUUGCCUCUAAGCCAAUAACUUUGGCGAAAAUCGACCACUUGAUUUUUGUCGCGGCGCAUGCGUAGACAUUUUUGGUCGGUGAAACCACGACAACGAAAUUUUCAGUCCGCCCUUGCGCAGUGUUCUGUUUCUCACUUCCCUUCGUCGUCGACAAAGUCGUCGUCGUGGUUCUUACGUUCUCUAAUGUUGAACUUCUACCGAAUGAUUUUGUUUUUACACGUGAGCGGGUCAAAGUGGGGAGGUAUACUUCCUAAAAAUUCCAGUCAAGCCACCUUAACGGAAACUUAGAGGUACCUUGAUCGCGACCUCCUUCUUGAAAAGCCAAAAAAAGCGUCCAAGAUAGCGGGGUAGCAUUAUUCUCGAAAAAGGAAGCAUUGGUCACGUGACCUCUCAAUAAUGCAAGUGGCCUAUUUGUAUCUGAGUAAAAAACUGUUCAUCACAUCUCAGGCAGACUAGCCUAUGAUUGUGUGACCGUUGUUCGAUUUAUCUUUUGCCAAGUAUGCAGAAAUACAGAUAAGCAUUUACAGCACCUACAAUUUGCUCCAAAAUACAGACUUGAACGUAAAUGUUUAAAUAAAAGUAAAAUUUUACAGUCAUGAGUAAAUUUUUUUUCGUUACCCAGAACAGUACUUUAUUGCAUUAUUUUUGAGACAGAGAGAUAAUAAAUUUGACAGGCAGAAAGAAGUAAAGGAAGAGUACAAGGCAGGCAAAAAUCAGCUGCCAGCGCGUGACAUAGUCCACUUCAAACUGGAACUGAAGCCAAACCAUAGAAAUUCUCAACUAAAAAACACCAUAUGUCAUCAAGCUCUCGCCAAAGCUUUGCUCAGUCCUUCCAAAAGUUAUGGAGAAAAGAAAUACUGAAGUUACAAAAGCAGGUUUCUUAACAUGAUUGAUGCCAAAUUCUCUCUCCCCUGAGUUUUCCUAAUCAGCUGUUUUUUGUUGUGUUUGUUAUAUCUAUUAUUGUAAGUGUAAUGAUUUUUUUUUUCUGGAAGGAUGUGACGUCAGAGUUCUUGAAAAGCCACCUGGUGGAUAUUUUACCUACGAAGAGAUAAAAGAGGCAAGUUCUUUUGUUUUCUCUUAAUUCUUUACGAGUGACCAUCUAGCCAAUUAAGCCUUUCUGCCACCGCAAUUAAUUUCCUUCAAGCUAAGAGUAGUGGGUUAAUUUGUUAUAUGCCACACCAAACUGCAAGGCUAUCUUGAGAGCCGACAUUUCGGGAUGCUCUAUGAAAAAAAAUUGAAGGGAGCCCCAUGCUCUGAAUCUGUGAAAUGCAGGCUGCCCAGCAUAUGAUUUCUAUGAAAAAUCUAACUAAAUAUUUUAUAGUCUCCUAGGAGCAAAAAUUACUAGGGGCCACCGGGCGCUGCCCGAGCACAGCCCUGAUAACAAGAGCAUAAAAAUUACAAGGAACAUGCUACUGUUAAAAACGUAAAUUUGUUUUCUUCUUUCAGGGUCUUCAAAAGCACAAACCUAUAGCUCUAUUUGUUUGUCACAGCGAAUCUUCAACUGGAAUUUGUCAACCACUGGAUGGCUUUGGACCUCUUUGUCAUGAGUUAGUUAUUAAAACUUUAUAACGACAACAAUAAGACACAUUUUCAACUCUAACGUUAUCUUCAGGCUUAAAAUCAAGGUGAGAAAAAAGUAACACUUUGCAAAAUAUAUGGAGGGUGAAAAUGAAAGGGGCAAAUGUUACAGGUCAAAAAUUAAUCAUAUUCAAAUUAAUUUUUUGGCCUUGGUUGAUUCUCAACUUCAAUCAACCAAGUUUAAAAAAAUUUAACCUGAAUAUAAUUUUGACCUCUUAGCACAUCAGUAUGUGGUAAUUUGGAUUAAAUUAAAAUGUGUACAAGGAUUGUAGCUCUAUCACAUGCAGGCUAUAUUUGCAACGGAAACCCUAAUCCCUGAGAAUUAUAAAGAGAAAAGAAAUCUAAACUUCUGAGAGUAAUAAAUGUACUCUCAGUAAGCCUCAAGAUAACUUUAGUGUUCCAAAUGUUUUAAAAUGUUUACCUUAAUGGGAGUUAGCUCCGAAAGAAAGCCAAUCGCGCGCUUAUUAAAUUCAUUUAAAGGAGAGUUAACUUCCUGUCGAGAAGCGCUUUUUAUGUUGCAUUCUCUAACUGACCUUUUUUGUUGUUCUGUUCUUAGGCACGACUGCUUGUUAAUAGUAGACACUGUUGCAUCUCUUGGUGGAACACCUUUCUUCACUGAUGAUUGGGAACUUGAUGUUGUGUAUUCAGGUUCUCAAAAGUGUCUAGGUGCACUGCCCGGAGUGUCACCCAUAACCUUCAGUCCUAGAGCUAUGUGUGUUUACUUUUAUUACGUUACUUCAAUAAUACGUUUCUCAGAUUUUGUGCUAUAAUAUUGUUCAAGAGGCCAGACACCCCAUUAAGAAGGAAUAAUGAUGAGAAGUCUGUACCAAUAAUUUCUGCAAAAUGGAGCUGUAUGGAGUUAACACCCGCAGGCAUGCAAGAUCCCUUGGGUUAUUCACCAAUUCAAGUUUUACUGUUAAUAACUAGAUAAUAGUGCAGUCUCUGUUUUGCAGAAGCACUGCAAUCAAUCCUGCUCAUCAAAAAUUGUUUUUGGACUAAUUACAAAAACUUUUAGGCUGGUAAAUGCUUAGCCACAGCUUGCCUGAAUGGCAAGCUGUAAAAGUAACACCUUCUUUGCACUUUGCGAAGUAUCGCUAUCCACUGGAUUAAUUUCUGCCUGGUGUAUAAUGCAAUUGGUUUCCCUAACAAUAGUGAUUUAUCCGGUUGAUAAUACUAUCCAAACUUUCAGCAACUGUAGCCUGAAGUUCAAGGUAGACUGCUCAAACACCACACUUCUGCCUCUGCUGCCUAAUAACUUGGUUUAAUGUCAUUUGUUUGUUUUGUUAUAAGGGCUAAGGUGAAUGGUCGUAAAACCAAAGUGCUGUCAUUUUACCUGGAUAUUACUGAACUGGGCAACUACUGGGGAUGUGAUGAUGGACCAAGAAGGUAAAUUUCUGAAUUCACAAGGAUUUAUCAAUAUCUACUUUAAUUAUAGUUUUUUUUGUUGGCCUUUUCAGUUCACUUUAUUAAUUCUUGACAAAUUCACAAAAAAGAACAAACAUUACCCGCAGUUAGCAACGGCUACAUGUAAAGGCGAGCAGUGGAACACACAUACAGUAAUAAUAUAAGAGGUGUUAAUGCCUAAAGCAAUUCCAGGAGUUGAAUAGGGCCAUUGCACGAUGACGUCAUUUUUCUACAACUACCAGCAUCUAUUAGUUUGUUUUUUUGUAGUGCCAAUUGAGGGUCCUCUGACCUAUCUUUUGGGGCUGUUGCCAGGGAAAAUUCUAGCCGUAUAACUUGGACUCCUUUUUCCAUGCAUUAGUCAAUUUAUAGCACAGUACUUGUUAGUGAUAGACAGAUGCAAAUAUAGGGCCAUCUGACCACGCCCAUGAUGACGUUACCAAAAAACGAAAAUGUCUAAAAUCUUAGAUGUAUACCAUUUUAAUCACUAUUUUUUCGUGGAUAUGUUAUUCUUGUUUUAACUCUUAAUAAAUUAUACAUAUAUUUUCUUUGUUUUCCUUCAAACUAAACUUCUAACCCAAAAUUGAAGUUAGACUUCUUUAAAAAAAUGCAUAGUUUUAUUUCUAAUACCAUGCCAAAAGGUUUUUCAUUAAAGGCACAGACCGUGAAACAAAAACCGCAAAGGUGUUUUAGAGAUUUUUUGGAAACCGGAAGUUGUUUCCUUUGACUCAUCCGAGGACGAAUUUUGAUCGCUUAUUUUUAAAUGUUGACACGUUGAUAUUCUCUUUUUUGUGAAUUUCAUUGGAGAAACUUGUUUAUGUAUGUGAAGGUUCCGUGUAAAGGAAGAUUAGUGGGGGUAAGGGAAACUACCCUCUCUCCCCUACCCUCACCCACCGAUCCACUUGUUCACGGGCGGGAGUUACAGGUGCAGCUAUAAUUUUAUAGUUUAAAACCUAUGGAAUCUGAUUAAUUAAAUCGACUCUUUUGCCAAAUUUAGAAAAAACCUAAUAUUUACAUUUUUGCCACAGAUACCACCACACGGCUGCAAUUAGUCUGGUUUAUGCCUUGAGAGAAAGCCUUGCUAUUCUGGUGGAGGAGGUAAAGCAGAAUGCCUGGGCUCUCUUCUUUUAUAUGUCUUAUAUACCUGCCAUAUGGUUGCAAUUGCGGACUGAGUUGACAAUAUCCAUUGUACAGAUUAUACCCUUAAGUCUCAGGUCUCCAGUCUUUCAUCACUCCCACUGGACGGCUUGUUCGCACGUUUUUCAGGGUUCUACUCUGACAUAGAGCCAAUGACCAAAAUGUCAGCCUCCUUAUCUCUUUAUGGUGACUGAUUUGCUCUAUCAACUCAGUUGAUAAAACAACUUUUUUGUUUCACUCAAUGCAAAACCACAGUUUCUUUACAAAGUAACUCCGUUGACGGUUAGUUACUUAACUAUUGUGAUCAUUAUUAUGAAAAGUACUGACUUGCAGUUUCACAGGUUUUGUGCGAACUGUAAUGCAUGCACUGGGAUGAAUUACAAUGUACGUUGCUGGGGGCUGGUCAUCCCAAUUAUCUUGACCGAAAAAAAGGAAUAAUAAUCUCCGUUGUGAGUUCAAUUUUAAUAAUUUGACCAUCACCAGGGACUCGAAAAUUCCUGGAGGCGGCAUCAUGACACCAUUGAACAUCUCUGGGCGGGGCUUGAGAAGAUGGGGAUGGAGAUGUUUGUAGCGGACAAGGUGAGUUUUAGCUUCUUUUUUUGUAAAACCAAUUUGUUAGGCUGUGUAAGUUGUUGUUUACACGUACGUCAGUAAUAAAACAACCUACCAAUACUAUCGUCUGCUAGAUUAUUGUAAAUUUUUAAAUAGAGUACUAAUCAAAAAUUACGCAGCGCGUUCGACCUCUCUCAAUCUCUCUCGAAACAGUUAACAGGACUGGUUGAGAAAACAACAAACAAACCACAGAAUCAGUAAUUGCACCUUUUCCUUAAACGAUAAAGGUUCUUUGGACGAAUAAAAAACCGCCAAAGCACAGGCUAUGGAUUUCCGUAGCUUUUCUCCUUGAAAUUGUGCGUAUGGGACAAAUUUACAUUAUCAUCAAACUUUUUCAAGUACGAACACCUCCGUUAAAAUAGACAGAUAUUCUUCUUAUCUCAACAUUGAUUGUAAUGGCUGAAAUGUGCCUUUAUACAUUGUCUACAUUAACUCUCACAUUGCUGUAAUGAAUCGAAGCAAUAAUCAUUACGUUUCCAUUUACUGCUAAAAAGGCAGAUAAUGAGGCAACCGUCAAAAACUAAUUCUGCUGAAUUAUUUCUCAGUUUCUGAUCGGCUUAAAUCGCUGCUAACGACGUCAAUGUCGAUUGGAAAUAAAUACAACCUCCUCAAUCUGCCUAACUCCUCCUAGUUACUAUCAUAUUCAGCCUCCCCUAGACAUUCCUGGGUCACUAUUAAAGUAGUUUAUAAACUAAUACAAAUGGCCAUUUCUUUUACUCCUUUUUAGGCUCUUCGUCUUCCAACAGUUACAACCAUUAAAAUCCCUGAAGGAUUUCCAGACUGGAAAGCUGUCCCAGAUUAUCUGAUGAAGAAGUGAGCGGAACGCUUUUCUUACUUAUCGUCGAAAUACCAACACCCCUCCCACCCCCACCCCGGCAACGGUUUUGCAAAUGCAAACGGCAGACUCAUAUGUUACGCACAAAAGAUUCUGUCACAAUCACGAAGCCACGAACUAGAGAUAACUGUGGUCGAAUUCCGGAAAGUAGCAGAGCAUCCAUGUAUUUCGAAAUUUCCCCCCUUAGCAGCUUUUAUAUUUUUGACAGAAACCAUUUAAAUUUACAAAUUACAGUAGUCUGAAGCGGACGUAUACAAAACAUGGUCCCCCGGUCCAUGGACCACCUCUUUGGACCUAGUCCAUGGAAGUAAACAUCAUAAUGGGGUAAACGUGACACUGAAAAAAUGUAGUCAGAGAUGGUGGCUUUAAAUUUGCAGUUGAAUCCAUUGUUAAAUAAUCAGGUGGUAAAUUGCCAUUCAUUCGAGUCGAGAUUGUUGUCGUUACAAAAACAUAGACAUUAAGCUUCCUCCGUAGUCUCAUACGCAGCCGUUUUUUUUUCUCAAUUUUCACCAAAACGAAGACAAAAAAAGAAGGACUUCCACUCCUUCACCAGACUAAAAUGAACCCAUUAUAUUGGUCGCAUGAAAUUGAAAAAAAAGUGUAAGAUAAAAGGAGGAGCCCAUAACCCUGAUAAUAAAAGCUGACCACAGUUUCGUCCAUUUAAGUUUCCUAAAAUUUGUUGAGACCUCUGCAUGGUAGAAUUCAUCUGCAAAAAUUAGAGGUGGACCCACAGGGGUAGUCCAUGGACCGAGUCUACGAAGGGGUCCAUGGACUACGUAGGUCCAGAAGCCAGAAGCUAUGUUCUGUGUCAGUGGCGUGCACAUUUUGAAGGGUCAAUGCUUUUUUUUGCAUUCGUAAGGAAAGCUCUUUUAAGAAGACCCUUCUAGGUGACGGCACGAAUUUGCAUUUCUUUUUCGUCUACUAUUUGGCCAUUUCUUGAAGGUUUUAUGGGCACCUUCUUUCUGCUCUUUUCAGCGUUGAGCUGAUCAUGAUAUCGUUAGCCUAAAAUUUCAGGAAAACCUUUGCAUGGAAACUGCAGCAAAACAAAACUUCGUCUGGGAAAACGUAGUGAAGACUGAAAACGAAUGACACUUCGGUGAAGGUGGACCUAAGGCUACGUGCAUGCGACUCCGAUCCCUUUCAGUUCGUACACGAAUUCAAUGCAAACGUGCGAGUUUACCACUUCCGUCCCUUGUGAGCUCUAGUACAUGUGCGAUCUCCAUGCAGUCUGUGUUCUAAAUGGAUGCUAAAAAUGGUUCUCUUGUGAAUAACCGUAACUUUACUUAUUUAUUUUGUUUAUUUCAAUAUUUGCCAGGUACAAGCUUGAAAUUGUAGGUGGUAUGGGUUCAACAGUAGGAAAAGUAAGUCGCCUUGCUAUUAACCGAUCAUGAAUUAAAAGUAACCAAAGUCAACGGAACAGUGAAUCAAUUCAGCGUUGGGUGAGCACGCGACUCGUCUAAUUUUUACUGUUAAAGAAUUUUUUGGUUAACUUCGACAGUGAAACCCGGACAUCUACCGUGUAAAGUGGCUACGUUACAUAACAUUUACUUUACGUUACGUUACGUUACGCGGUUUGUCCCGAAAUGGGGAUGCUUACGGUCUACUCGCCUAUUCAGGAGGUACUCCAGCACGCAGGCAUCUUUGAUAAACGUAUAUAAUUCAGAUUACGGCUAGUGAUCUUCAGGAGUUUAUAGGAAAUCCUAGAGUAGUGAAUGUUUCGCUCCUAUAUUUCGCGCUUUGGCUCCUCUGGCUCGACUUGUGGGCAUGUGUAGGGGUUAUUAAGCAUCAAAUAACCGGCUUGCAGGGAAGCAUUUCACGUUGUUUCUCCUACAGAGUUGUUGGGUCUUUUACCGUAUCACAAACUUGUGUUUUCUUUAUUCAUUUUUCAGGUGUGGCGUGUAGGGUUCAUGGGACACAACUCCAACCCAGAGAACGUGGAUUUAUUCUUACGACUGUUUAAAGAAGCGAUAGAAUCUGUGCACGCUGGAAGUCCCAAGUCUCAGCCUUAAACAUUCAUAACAAAGUUGUGUCAUGAUUGUAUAAAAAAUAUUAUAGCAAGUAUGAUUGUUUAGGGAGUGUACGAUACAUUUUCGUAGAUGCCGCCCUGUCGAUGGUGUCUUGUACUAUUCUUUUUCAUUCGGCAUAACAGGUACACAACAGGGGCACCCAACGACCGAAUGUUUUGAAAUACACCAAAAGUGUCUCAAAUGGUUUUCUCUUUGCUUUAGAAGCCUGUUUGGUUAAUUUGGAGUUACCCUAAAAACUAUUUAUCUGUUCGGAUGUCUUAGGGGAACUUUGGUUGUCACGA